AUGGAGGAGGACUUGGACUUCAUCGGGCGCGCCGGCGUGCCAGACGCAGGACGAAAAAAUCCGUGUUGGACGACUGGCGACUCGACGCCGCCGAUGUGUUUGCCGUACUUUUACAUCCUCGGCGCGUGGCAGAGCGGGACUGAGGAAUUAGGCUCAAGACUUCUCGCGGGCGCGCCCACGGUCGGCGUCGUGCGCGCGCCGCAUUUUUGGAACGAACACACGAAGACGCUCGAAAAUUACGCAAAUACUUUCGCGAGCGUCGCGACGAUGGAGAGAAACGUCGUCGCGGGCGACGCCUCGCCCGGAUACCUCGCGACGUCGUGGAGCGAAUCCAUACGGUUUCAUCGAGCGUACUUGGAUCACAUGCGAGAUUGUUGGGCGGAGUGUCAAACUAAGAGCUCAAAGUUUGAAGACGACGAGAGCGCGAAGGACACGGCGGAUGAAGACGCGGCGCGACGAGGGACGUCGCGCGCGUCGCCGCGUAGAAGAUGCAUCGACGGCGUGGAAGGGGAUCCCAAAGCGCCGGGAUGCGUAGGAGAGGCGAACGCAAAGGAUCCUUACGACGAGAGCGGCGGGCACGGGCUAUCGCUUCCGCAUCUGAUGUCAACGGUGUACGGUUCGUCACCGCCGCGUUUCGUCGUUAUCGUACGCGAACCGGGCGCGCGCCUGCAUUCGGCGUUUUGGCAUUACGAACAUUACAAGAAACAAUAUGGUGCCAACGAAGACGGUUUCGCGGCGUACGCGGAACAGAUGAUGACGAUGUUUCAAAAGUGUCUCGACCGAGGCAAUCCGUUGAGAGGAUGCGCGAAUCGUUUUGAGACGUAUUCACCCGAGUUCGAAGCCGUGUUUUACCACGCCGACGCGCUGAUCAAAUCCAUGUACGACGUCUUCCUCGAAACGUGGCUCGAUGUUUUCCCGCGCGAGUCCUUCCUCGUCGUCAAGGGCGAAGAUUUAUGGAGCGACGACGUCAACACGUCAACAGCGGCGAUGCGUCGCGUGCUGAAGCACUUGGACCUCGACGCGAGCGACGAAACCGCGCGACGUCUCGCGACGAUGAACGCGACGUCGAACGACUGGCGAUUCGCGCGAGACGAUCCCGAACGCGUCAUGCGCGACGACAUUCGCACGAAACUGGACGCGUUUUUCGCCCCACGGCUCCAGCGAUUGGCGACUCUCGUCGGCGAAGACCUCUAUUGA